GCGUUCCCCUCCUUUGCGAGGGCCCGGCUAGUUCACUAAGAGACGAUUAAGCGCUUGCAAUGCUUUCUUCGGGUUAAAACAAAGUCCAGAUGUCGACGAUUAGCAGGUCGCGUCCCAGCCUCACUCCUGCCACGUCAGAACGCUCCACAUUACCGAUGGGCGGUUCAGCAGCGCCCGGUAGUCCGGAAUUUAAGCCCCUGGAACCGACAAGAGAGCAAUUAUUAGCCCACUUCUUUGAGAGAUUCAAAUUUUACACGUCACUUUGCCUCGGCACCGCGGCCAUAUUGGCCGUUUUCGCUUUUCUAUUCCUGAUACCGUUCGUAGUUGAGCCGGCCGUGCAGACGAUAUUAGCUGAGUUCGUGCCGGAAGCCGGUCUAUGCUCUGUGUCCGAGCACGUUCACGCCGAGACGCUGACUAAUUGCACGUGGGCGUCGUGUAGAGAAGGCUGCACAACCGCACACACAAAGUGUCACAAGAUACGAGUGAACUUGUCGCGUAGGCCGUUUGUCGAGGGAGCGCCGCCCCCAAUCAAAUGGGACGAGACGCACUUGAAGUUCCUAAUCAACCCUGAGGGAUGCGGCUACCCUCCAACUGUCAACUGCUCGGUGUUUGCGAAAGAAUACGCCGGCCCAAACGCUCCAAAGCUGUUCCCUUGUUACUACAGUUUGACUAGGCCAGAUCUCGUGGUCGCGAGGUAUUCGUGGGAGGAGACCGUGCGAGGGCUGAUCAUUGCUCUGGUGCUACCGACCUCCGUGUUCGUGUUCAGUUUAAGUGUACUCGCAUAUUGGCACUGUCGAUGUUGCGACCGGGCCUGCAAUCGACGAGUUCACGCCGAAUCAUUUGCGAGCAAGGAAGAUAGCAAGUUACUGUGUGAGUUAGAUGACGAUCCAAGUGAUGACGUGUUCUGACGUCACCCUUCAGCCGCCCGCCGCCGCGCCCUCUACAGGAGCGGAUACGCACAACUAUAAGCCACAAGUGACGUAGCUAAUUAGCAUUCCCAGCGUAUCGACUAAGGGAAUGGAAGCAUACGGAUCUACGCAAAAAGGUUUUGCUAAAAUAUUUUCUGUUUGAAAAAAAAAAAAAAGAAUUAGAAAACCGCUCAGAGAAUUCGAUAUUUAAAAUUUGAUAAUUUCGUUCGAGAUUAAAAUAUGACAUGGUUGUGAAAAUUGUUCAAAUUUUACAUUGUUGAUUUAGAUGAUAAAUUUAAUUGGGAAAAUUUUCUAUUCUCGUUCAAUGUAUCGUAAUUAGAUAUUGUCGUCUUUUGAAACAGUAAAAUAUUUUUCAAAAUCUCAACGAGGCAUCCUAUCCUUCGUCUGUAUAACAAUUUCUGAUUUAUAGGCGGGUUUUAAUGGCUUAUGCUUGAAAAAGAAAUUAAGAAUAUAAUAAAUCGCGUCUCCAUUAAUGUAAAACUGAGCUAUGCCGGAUUUAAACGAGUAAGUCUAACAAAAAAAAAAUAUAUUUCCGAAUAUAAAUAAGUAUCUACUCUAAAAAUGUUAGCAGCUGAAAAUGUUCAUUUAAAAUUAGGUGUAUAUAGCUAAAUUUGAAUUUGUAACAAACAUUGUACGCUUUAAGCCUUUAAGUAUAUAUGUACGACUAUAAUAAAUUUUGGAAUCAUAGAGUUAAUCUAUUACAGAAAUAAUAUUUCUGAUUAUUAUUUGUAAUUGUAAAUAAUUUAUUGUAGAUUGACAAUGUAAUUGUUGUUUUGUUUUAUUAGAUUUAUUUACAACUAAUUACUUACUGUGCGUUUGACUGCCUCGAUAUUUAUAUAGCUUUGUAAUAUCUAAUUAUAAUAACGCAAAUAAAUAAUAUUUCAGUGUACUUAGUGCGAGUUUCUUAAAGUUCUCGAUAGCGUAAAAGUUAACCCUAUUUUGUAUGCAGUUACAGCGCCCCUAGCGGCAAACGCACGCAAACGAUUCCAUUCCAUACAAAUAUGAGUUAACUCUUACGUUAUCGAGAAUGUUAAAAAACUCGCACUAAGCACACUGGACUGUAGUCGAAGAGGAAACGGUAGGCAGCGGCUUGGCUAUGUCUCUGGUAUUGUUGAUGUCCAUGAGCGACAGAUGCCGCUUCCAAGCACCAGGUCGUCUGCCUACGAAGUCGAUAAAAAAACGAAGACUGGGAGAAUCAGUGGAUCCUAAUACGAUAAAACCAGUUCACAGUCAGCUGCACAAUUGCAUGGAUACCAUAAGUUCCUAAAUGCCAUGAAAAAUUUAAUCUAUAAUUUGAAUAUAAACUAGGUGGCGUUAGUACUCCACUCCACGUCUAGUUAUGUUUCAUUUUAAAUUGUGACAUCGUUUACCUAUUACCACAAAAUAAACAUUUCUCAUGUAAAUAAACAUAUUGAAAACAUUAACAUUUAAAUAUUUAUAUUUAUAUAAAAAAAAGAUCACAAAUUAGUGAUACAAUAAUAAUAACAGAUGGCGCUGAUUGUGGCGAUACUUUGAUUGUAUUAUCCAUGCACUUUUGCAGUCUACCUUACAAAGUGAAAAGAUUCUAAUUAAAUUAAAAAAAUUAUCUCAUUUUGUGAUAUUGAAGAAACAACCAAUCUUUAUGCGUAAUUUGGUAAAUGUAUAUUGUUCUGAAUUUACCCGACCAGUGGUUUAUUAACGUAUCGAUCACACCCUGAAUAGAUCUUGCUAUAUAAAUUAUGGGUAUUUAAUGAGCGCUUUAAGCAAAGUAUAUUAAUACAAUUUAAUAGCUUGGUAAUUCACUAGUUUUACUUGAACGUACAAAUAAUCUGAUAAGCUUUAAUGAGAAUAAAAUAUCGCCGUAUCUGCUCUCAUAAUUCAAAUUAAAUUAAAUUGAAAUCUGUGUAAAUUAUUUUAUCGUUCACAAAAUUAUUAAUUGUAUAAAUUUUAAUUUAAUUAAUUAAUAAAAUUAUAAUAUUAUGUAAUUUACUAAUAUAAAAAACACCAGUUGCAAAAAUAAUCACAAAGUGUAAUUAAAAAAAAAUAUAGCUUAAUUUUUUUA